AUGGGUAGAGAUGCCAUCAGGACUGUUGAUUUAUCUUGGCAAAAGUCUACAAAGGAUCAGAGACUGGUGUAUUCUGGCAGACUGCUUCCUGAUCAUCUGCAGCUGAAAGAUGUUCUCAGAAAACAAGACGAAUAUCAUAUGGUUCAUCUAGUGUGUACUUCACGGACACCCCCCAGUUCUCCAAAGCCCAGCACCAGUAGAGAGAGUAAUGGAGCACCGACAUCCAGCAGCAACUCAAACUCCGAACAUUCAGGAUCAACUACUCCAUCACCCACAAGUCAAGAAACAUCAUCUGUGUCUCUGAAUACUAGUUCUGAUGGGGUGAGGCAUCGCAGCCUUCUACAAGCACAAAGCCAUCCUGUGCAAAGCCACCAGUUUCCAUAUUUAAGGCAAAGUAAUGUAGGUAACCAGUUUCCAGGGCAAGGUGUUCCUACUGGAUUUCCUAUGUACCCUGCAUUCAGCCCCUUACAGAUGAUAUGGUGGCAACAAAUGUAUGCACGUCAAUACUACAUGCAAUACCAAGCUGCUGUUUCAGCCCAAGUGACAUCCAGCACUGAGCCAGUCAGAUCAGCAGCUGCACAGCCUGUAAAUUCAGAGCAUGUUCCUGCAAAUGAGCCCGCAGCAGCGCCAAACGUAGCAGCACCAGAGAACAGGCCUGUAAACCAGAAUGUUCAGAUGAAUGCACAAGGAGGUCCAGUCGUGAAUGAGGAGGACUUCAAUCGAGACUGGUUGGACUGGAUGUACACAUUCUCCAGAGCAGCCAUUCUUCUCAGCAUUGUGUACUUUUAUUCCUCCUUCAGUCGUUUUGUCAUGGUAAUGGGAGCCAUGCUACUUGUUUAUUUACACCAAGCUGGAUGGUUCCCCUUUAGGCAAGAGGGAGGCCAGCAACAGGCAGCGAAUAAUGCAGAAGUAAACCACGAUGGGCAAAAUGUAAAUAACCCUGACCUUGAAGAGAUGGAGCGACUUAUGGACGAUGGGAUUGAAGAAGACAGUGGACAAGAUACAGGUGAAGAUGCAAAUACAGAGCAGCAACCUGGAUUUAUGGCUUCAGCUUGGUCCUUUAUCACCACCUUUUUCACAUCACUUAUCCCCGAAGGGCCUCCACAGGUUGGCAAUUAGGCUGACUAGGAACUGUGACAGGCAGCAUUAACAGCUGUACUUAGGAAUGGAGCUGACUGCAGGGGGUAUUUUAAAUACAGUGCAAUUUCAAAAGAUUUAUAACAUAACUCUUUGAUCAUGGUGUACAAAAAUGUGUAUUUUUCCCUUUUAGCUUUCUCAUGCAUUUGAAUAUUUUAAGCACAAGUGGACUACUAAAUGCUUUUUUUUUUUAAGAUUCUUCUUUUUGUAAAGAAGAAUAAAAUGUAAAGAUAUUGGUCUUCCAUGUUUAUUUUAAUUUCUGUGUAAUACACUGAGACAAGGAGUUUGUAGCUUGUGUGCACCAUUAUUCCUUUUAAAGAGCUGUUGAAGUAUAAAUGUUGUCAAACCUUCCAAAAUGAGAUUCAUCUGCCCUAGUAAAUCUAACUUAACUUUGAAGCUCUUGAUAGUUCUAAAGCAAAGAUGUAAAUCCUCUUCUAAGUUUUAUGUUUAUGACAUUUCCAAAAGAAUGCUCUUCAGACAAAGUAUUAAGUUUUUAAUGGUAUGUUUUCCUCAUGCCAUAAAUUACUUAAGCCUCUCCUUUCCUCUGUAGAAAGCCAAAAAGCUUAAUUAUCUUGAGGCUCUUCUCAAGAGAAUUUUGGGAUAUAUUUGACAGCUCUUUAAAAGAGAAUUAACAGUGAUGAAAUGCAUCAUAAAUGUUUGAUACAUGCAGUACUUUAAAAAAAAA